AUGACGAACUCCAUAGAAAAUACUGCCCCGGCCAAAUCCGAAUCAGCAAACGCGGCACCAGGGGGCAGCAUAUCUCACAACUCUAAUAAAGCCUGUCCCUCGGCAACAGCAACUCAACAAACAGUUAUUGAAUUAUUGCAGGAUACUCGCCCGCAAAUUGUACACCAUUAUCCCGAACAAACUACUUAUAUAAGACAUAGUGGGCCUGGGAUGCCUUCAGCGACGCUGGGCAUGAGAUCCACGUUACCCGGCUACCAAACCCAAACGAUCGUCUUUGGGCAGCGUGCGAUGUCCCAGCACAUAAUACCUCCGAGUUCUGGGUACGAAGUUGUACAUUCACCAAUGCACUCGUUGCCCGUAUAUCCUGAGACAGCACCAAAUAUGAAUAUGCCUUUCAAUAAUCCGUUUCCCCAAGCUUAUUCGCCGUAUUUGCAACAUCAACAUCAACAUUUGCCCAUUCAACAUAGCAAUCCCGGAUACCCACCGCUGGGCUACAACUCGCCUGCGCAUCUAAGAGUCCCAGUGGUCGGGUAUGGGCAGACUUAUUAUACUCCACCCACGUAUGCGGCAUCUCGUGAACAGGGUGUAGUUCAAGCGAAUGUAACAAUCCACUUUCAGCCACAUGGCCUAUCCCGCAAUACCAAAGAUAAUUUGGCAAGAACGUCAGCAACUCUUCCAGAAGAGCCAAAGCCACGUAGCUUGGAUUCGGAAUAUGAUGUCUCAAUGACAAUUGUGGAUGGGUCAACUCCUAUGAGAUCUACCCAAGCUCAACCUUCGGCAUUUGGUACGCCGAGGGAGAAAAGCUAUGAGGCAGGAUCAACAGCUCGUGGUCCACCUUUCUUUCGGGAUAACGAUAGAUUGGCAGACCCCUCUGCACUUCCAAUCAAUUUUUUAACCCUCACAACGCCGCGAGGACCCCCAAGGAAACCAAAGCAAUCUGGUAAUGCUUUAUGGAUUGGUAAUCUUCCUCCAGCGACAGACAUUAAUGAGCUAAAAGACUACUUCGCUCGGGAGGCCACCAGAGAUGUUGAAAGCGUUUUUCUCAUAUCGAAGAGCAACUGUGCCUUUGUCAAUUACAAAACUGAGGCGGCCUGCCUUGCAGCGCUGUCAAGGUUCCACGACUCCAGGUUUCACGGAGCACGACUUGUCUGUCGACUGCGACGAGGAUCAAUGUCUCCUGCUCCCCAGUCCGAUUCAUCGAGCCUCUCUGUCGUAUCUUCCUUUCAAGCUGAGAACGAUGCCGACACUAUGAACGAGGAGACCAUAAAUAUGCCGGUGCGAAGGAUAGCCGAAAGUAGGGACUUGAACUCCCGGGUGCCCAACAGAUAUUUUAUCGUCAAAAGCCUGUCCAUGGAUGACCUCGAACUGAGUCGGCAAAGUGGAACCUGGGCGACGCAGGCACAUAAUGAAAACAACCUGAACCAGGCCUAUCAGACUGCGGAUAAUGUCUACCUUUUUUUCUCUGCAAAUAAGUCUGGCGAGUAUUAUGGAUACGCUCGGAUGGUGUCGCCAAUUCAAGAAGGCGACGGCUUAAAUAUGGAGAUGCCGCCUCGUCUUAGCCCCACCCAAACCGAGCCCGAAGAUCUAGAUUCGACUCCAACUCCAGCGACAUCCACUGCCCCAAAGGGACGCAUCAUCAAUGAUCUUGCCCGAGGUACGGUAUUCUGGGAAGCCGACUCCUCGGAAGAUGAGGGCAGAAGCAAAAUCAAAAGGAGCGUCGCAGACGUAGCAGAGGAGGUAGCAGAGUCAGGGUUCCAAUCUAUUGGGAAACCAUUCCGGAUUCAAUGGCUCUCGACUGAACGAGUUCCUUUUCAUCGCACGCGAGGGUUGCGGAAUCCUUGGAAUGCAAACCGAGAAAUCAAAAUCGCCCGAGAUGGCACGGAGAUUGAGCCGGCUGUUGGAGAGAGGCUUAUGCAGCUAUUCAACACUUCUUACCCUGGAUAAGAGAAAAGGGCAACAAGAGGGAGAAGCAUCCUCAAGGAGACAAUGUUCAAAGCCACAAGGUUAAGCAGGA